UACUCCAUCUGUGAGUGAAUCGUAAAACAAGCAGAUAGUAGUUCAAAAUGCCAUGUUGCUAACGAAGGUAUCCCGAUCUGCUGCGCGCGUGUCCUCAAAGUAUUGUGUCGGCCUCCCCCCCACCACUGGAGGCUCAUGCCCCGCCUUCCAAAUUCAGUCCUCAAAAGGGCCCCUUGACUCUUGAGUCUUGACUGCUUGAGUCACAACGGAGUCGAAACGGACUGACUCACUGGCACCCUUUCCAGCGAGGAUCAAUACAAGACAGUGGCUCGGCUCGGCUCACCUCACAAUCCCCAGCGCUCGAUCAUUGACCAUCGACCACCAUGGCGGAUUCUUCGCAGCCUGUGCCACCGGCACCCGCCGACGUUGAAGCCACCCAGGCCAUCUCGGGCGGCCAGAAGAUUGAUCCCUGGAACGUAUCUGGCGAGGUGGGAGAGGAUGGCAAGGUCAAGGCCAUUGACUACCAGAAGCUCACAAACGAGUUUGGCACGUCUCUUAUCGACGACAAGCUCCUCGAGCGCUGGGAAAAGGUCACGGGUCACAAGCCGCAUCGGUUCAUGAGGCGGCAGAUUGUGUUCAGUCACAGGGACCUGUCACUCAUCCUGGAUCGCUACGAGAAGAAUGAACCUUUCUACCUUUACACGGGGCGCGGACCGAGCAGUGACAGCAUGCACGUAGGCCACACCCAGGUGUUCGACUUUGUCAAGUGGUUGCAGGACGUUCUCGAUGUGCCCCUGAUCAUCAUGUUGACAGAUGAUGAAAAGUUCCUCUUCUCCGAGAAGCGCACCGUCGAGGAGGUCAUUGGGUACAGCAAGACGAAUGCUAUGGACAUUAUCGCCAUUGGAUUCGACCCGAAGAAGACCUUUAUCUUCUCCGACUUUGAGUAUGUCGGUGGCGCGUUCUACCGCAACAUUGUGCGCUUCUCCAAGCGCGUGACAUACAACACCGCAAAGGCCAUCUUUGGCUUCGACGGGAGCUCCAACAUUGGCAAGAUUCACUUUGCCAGCAUCCAGGGCGCCACGGCCUUUGCGACGUCCUUCCCGCACAUCUUUGGCGCGGACGAGAAGCGCGUGGCGGGCAUCCCGUGCCUGAUCCCGUGCGCCAUUGACCAGGACCCCUAUUUCCGUCUCACGCGCGAUGCGGCGUACGGCCUGCGCUACGCCAAGCCCUCGCUCAUCCACAUGCGCUUCCUCGAUGCCCUGCAAGGGCCUGGCUCCAAGAUGUCGGCCAGUGACGCCAACUCGGCCAUCUUCCUGAGCGACACGGCGAAGCAGAUCAAGACCAAGAUCAACAAGUACGCCUUCUCGGGUGGCCAGGAGACGCUGGAGGAGCACCGCGAGCUGGGCGGGAACCCCGAUGUCGAUGUGGCGUACCAGUACCUGCAGUUCAUGAUGGACGACGACGAGGAACUUGCCCGCUUGAACCGCGAGUACAGGAGCGGAGAAUUGCUCACUGGAGAGAUGAAGAACAUUUGCAUCGAGCACCUACAGAAAUACGUCACCGGAUUCCAGGAGCGCAGGGCCAAGGUCACAGAGGACGUUGUCAACGAGUUCAUGGCGACGCGACCACUGGAGUGGGCCGGCAACCCCAAGGUCCCACGCGCCGACCUUGUGGUGCCCGUCAAGGCCGAGGGCGGCGAGCAAAAGGAGGGUGGUGAGGCUGGCGACGGCAAGCUGUCGAAGAAUGCGCAAAAGAAGCUCCUAAAGGAGCAGAAGCUGGCGCAGCAGAAGGCGGAGAAGGAAGCGGCCAAGGCUGCCACACAGGCGUCGACAUAGAGAUAAUACAAGAAGUAGACAUUGUUGUAAGCCUACAGUCGAUGUUUAUCUCGUCGUGAUCUCAAAGUUUCAUUCUUCAAAUUCAAUUGGCAUCAGACUUCCGGCGCGAUGUCGUGGAUAGCGGCUAGACCCCGGCCGAGCGACGGUUCGGCUCCGGAGCAGACAGUGCACAAACACCUGACCAGCAAUUUUACUCACAAACCUGUUA